CCCCCACAUUCACUGAUAGAAGCCAGAUUCUCCAUCGCGAUAGCUACAGGCUGUGCACUAACCUCUGGAUUUCGCUUUAUGUUGCCAGGUAAGAACAUAAAAUACUUUCUCUAAAGGUUGUUUUUUGAUACAGAUGUUAACUUUGCUCUACCAGUGUAUGGUCUGUUUCCAUUCAAUGAUUAGUCACUAUAACACAGGAAGCUAACGUUAGCUGCUAUUGUGAAACUAGCCACCCUAACCCGAUAAAAGUGGCUUAUCUUUAAUUUCAGCACGCUUAAUUUGUAUUUGAUAGCAAAAUUGAUUGUCAUCAUAAAUGUUGGAGUUACCUUAUUCCCUGCAAACUGUUGAUUAAGGUUAGUGAUCCGAGUUUAAUGUCAGGCCAACUGCUGUGAUUGCUCAGUAGUUUGCUCCUUGUGUAAAUCUUGACAGUAAAGCACGUUGUCUUUACAAACUAAAACAAUUCAGGCUCAAAAAUGUCUGCUUACACUUGAAAAUGUGGUUGAAUUACUCUUCAGUUACUGGUAAGUUGUUUUUAUAUUUCUUCCAGUAAUCAACAAAUUUUGUCUUCCAGCUCAACUUCUGAUUGAAGGUGAGCUCAGACUGAAUGAUGAAUCUGGUACUGAGAUUGACGCAGACGUGUUUGAUGAGCUCAUAAAGUCGGGGACUCGAAACUUUGAGGUUGGAUACCGCCAGUGUGACGCUACAGGUAAAGGCUAUCAAACAAAUACUUACAAGGACUGACUCAGCUUUGGUUUGAUAUAUGUGCAAUUAUAUUUCUGUUUAUAUAGAAGAAACACUUUCUCAUUCCAGUUUAUUUUCAGGAAAACUGCUCUGAACAAAGUAUUUUAAUGGUAAAAUGAAGCCUCUUGAAGCAUUGAAGCUUUCCAUCCAAUUACUUGCCUCCUGGACCGAAGCUUCAUGAUUGCGCUUCAUUUGCUCUUUUGCGCCAUCAAGUGGACAGUAAAUGUAAAACAGGCAGAGUGAUAAACCAAAGACACCCCGAGACUUUGGUGCACGAAGCUUUGAAUUGAAUGAAUAAAUGGCUGUGAGGCCAUGUGUUUGUAAUACAAUACAAAAAUGAUAAAGUUAUUAACAUGGUGUCUGUCUUUAAGACACAGUUGCAGUGUCAAAUAGGGAAAAGAGGACAUAAAUUAUGGAGAGGGUUGUGAUGUGAAUGUGCUUGUGAUACUUAGUUUGUUGUUUGUACUUUUGUAAUGGGGAAAACAUAUAAAACAUAAACAUUUCAUUAGUUUUUAUUUAAAAACAACUUUUCAACAAGUCUCGAGUCUAUGGCUUGUGAGUGGGGGAGGACUCCAUUGCGUUACGCUGCCUGUCAAAUCAUCCGCCAAACCUGCUAACUGUUUCUUGAAUCAGUCACGUGCUACAGCCGGGUAGCGAGGCUUCAGACUUCAUCAUUUUAGACCCCUCCCCUACAUGAAGCAAGCCUCGAUACGCGCUUCGGGGAAAUACCUCAGCACUGAAGGACACAUCACUACUCAUAAGCAACCUGUAAAUGGACAUUGUGGCUGGGAUACUGAUAUGUCUGCUCUCCUGCAGCUGUUACAUCUCCUACCCCCUACAUCAAGAGGUUACAAAAAAGGCAAGAUAAGCUCAGCACAGGCAUCUUGUGAGAUUUGUCAAGGUAUGUACCAUUGGCUUUUCAUACCACCAAAUCAUUUGUUCUAGAGUUGUGAGAAGUUUUUCUUACAGGUUGAUGUGGGCUUGCAACGAUUGAUUUUAAACUUAAGUGUGUUACAUUCAUUAUGUUUUUCUGAAUCUGUUUUGUUCAAACAGCAAGGAGCCAGCCUCACAACAUUCCUGGACAAAGCAAGACAACCCUUUCUUCUUGGCAUCAGAGGUGAGAAGAAGAUCCAAAGGUUUUUCAUUCUUGUGGACAAAAAAGCGAUCCCAUGUCAUGCUCAGACUUGAUGUGCUGUUCAAAACUCACUAUGUCUUCAGCCUCUCGUAUGAUGAAGCUUUUCCCAGUUUCUACACUUUCAUUCAAACCACGGUUUACCACAUUGAUGUUGGAAAUGCAAAAGAGAGCCAAAGAGCCCAACUACGAGAUCAUGAAAAUGCCACCAGAUUAUGAAAGUAAGAGCACAGUUAGAUAAACAUUACAAGCGUGUUUACAAAUUCUGCACAAAAAGCGCAUCGUGGAAAUUGUUCAAAUGGCUGUUACAAUGGCGUCAGGUUACAAAGCUGAAAAAACUGUCUGAGAAUCUUCAAUUUUGCUUUGUAAAAUUGCGACACAAAAAAGUUGGUUUAAAGAAUAGUUAAAAUGCCUCCUGAUUGCAAAGGUCUUGAAAAAGUUUAAGUACGAUGUUCUUUGUUUGUAAAAAGCACUACAAAAGCUGUUCAGGUCUUUGCCAGCAUUUAAAACUUAUUUAUGGAUUAGAUCAAGCAAAAAACUUGAGUUUUAAAUGCAGAGAGCAAGGAUCUCUUUCAUCUUUUUGUACUUACAACAGCUUCUCAAUACUGGCCAACAGCACCUCAGUACUGGCCAUAGGCAACACCAUGAUAAGCAGGCCCUUACUAACCAGGGAGUCACCACAAAAGUAUAUUCUGAGGUGCAACUUUUAAGUGAUCAGCCCACAACGUCAGCACGUCCAUGUUGCACGUUCCUCCCGCUGUCACGACAAACUCACUUGAUAGAAUGUGUGGAUCUAUUGUUUCACACUUACAAGCUUCUGGUACGUCUCAAAGCACUGUCCACACAAUAGUUUGUUCGAUGGAGGAACUUGUUUGUGAUCUUCAAAAUCCAGCACAAGAAGCAGUUCUCCAAAUAUUUUCUUCUGAAGAAAAGGAGUAUGAAAUGUAUAAAAGAAAUUUAGCACAACUCAAGUCAAUGAGAUCAUCCUCUUUCAGCAUUUAAUACAGAGAAAAGGAGUCAAAAAUAUUAUGACGAAAAAUGGGAGAUAGUUGAACUAGUUAAAGAAUUUGUCCUUGGUGUGAAACCGGAUACACAGAGAGAUAUAAUUAUAGGUGUCUGUAGUCAAGUUCCUGUAACAGACAAGUACGUACAUGUACCUUAAUGUACACUAAUUGGGUACACUAAUAUCCAUUUUCAAAAACUGAGCUUAAAGAGAAACUGAAUGGAAAGGGGACAUACAGAGAUAUUAAUGAUGGGUUAUAUUUCCAAAAUCAUUCCCUGUUCUCAUGACAGAAACACACUCUACAAAUUUUGCUUUAUUACGGCAACUAUGAAACUGCCAACCCUUUAGGUUCAGCGAAAGGAGUCCAACUUCCUAUUGAAGAACCAUAAUUUGGCUCUGUAAUACAAGUAACAGGAGAUAAUCUGGCUUCAAAUAGCUUGCUUCAAUGAUUGUUGAAUCAUUCAGCUCAACACUUUGGUGUAGGUUUUGAUAGACAAAUAAGAAUGAAAUUCAGUCUUUAUUUAACAAAGAUGACCCUGGGUUAAUUCUGCUCUCCAGAGAGCUGCACAUUGAUUAUUGUAAUGCACUAAGAGAGGAUCCUACUCUACCUGCCAUUAAUGGUGUUAAAAAAAACUUGUGUGCUCAAUUCAUUCGAAUAUUUCCAUAGCACUGACAAUUUUGCAGUUGAUAUCAUGCAUGAUCUCUGAGAGGGUAUUGUACAGUAUGAACUGAAAUUGGUUUUUCAGUACAUGAUUAAAAAUGGCUACAUCUCUUUAAAUACGAGGUCCCAAGGGACCACUUUUGGCGAGUCCUCUAUUUUAAAAAACAUUAUGUGCAGGGGCGGUAGCAAACAAAAUCCCACUUCUACUACUACUACAACUACUACUAAUAUCACUUUAACUAGUACCUUCACUUCUACCUCAACUACUAUUGCUACUGUUAAUACUUUCUUUACUGCUAUUACAUCUACCACUAGCUCUACUACUUUGACACUUACUUUGUCUGUUCUAAAACUACUACUACUAUUAAUAUGACUACUAAUAUCACUACUACCACUACUUAUAAUCAUACACAUACUAGAACUACAACUUAACCUUAAGCCACAUGUCACUUUUCUGUGUUUAAAGAAAUUUUCCUCUUCAUACAAAAUUUGUGCAAUUGUAGACAUUUGUCAGCCUCUUUCAGCAUGAAUGCAAUUUCAAUUUAUGUAGUACAUACAUAGUAUUUGUCCAACCAUUUUCACAAUUAUUCAACUUCUAUUUCUUUUUCACCCCUUCAACAGCUUUAACAUUUAUACCUUUCUCCAUGUUUUAUUAGCAGUUUAGCAUUGCUUUUUCAGCUUUCAGCACUCAGCAUUUCCACGCAUUUUCUGCAAGGAAAUGCAAUUUUUCUAGUUAUUAUUAUUAUUCUUCCGUCCCUUUUUUGCAACGCUUCUCCUCCUUCAAACUUUGUCCGAUUUCAACCGUUCAAACUUUAAACUAUUCCACUCCUUCAGGACAUUAUGGGGUCUAUUUUUUACUUCUCUACCCCUUAUACUUUUUGAUAUUUUUGACUUUUUGUGCAAAAUUUUUCCCAUUGAAAUGAAUGGGGAAAUCUUCAAAUUCUACCUUUUACUCCUCCACCUUCUCAGCCUUAUAACUUCAGCAUACUUUCACCUACAGACCUCAUUUUUGCUUUAAAAUGUUCACAAUCCUCUCCUCUAAAUAUGCUGUAUUGACUUUUUUGUGCUAUCUCCUUCAGUUUUUCCACAAUUUAGCUUUAUGCACCUUGUGGUUUUCAGCAAAUUUUCAGGCUUAUAAUGGGUGUGUAUUGGAGAGUUUACAGUGAUGAUGUCAUCACUAGAGUGGACAGCUCCUCUCUGAUCGACAGAACCUCGCUCGAAUAUAUCGCUCCCACGCCCACAAAUCUCACUCCACAGCCAUAAAAAAUACAUCAAAAUGGAGGUAUAUGUGUCCUGCUUCUCACAAAAGAGGUUUCAAAUAAUUAAAUCGUACCCCUUGGCCAGCAGGUGACCAACUGUCCAAAAAAGGCGGAAAUCUCUCCCAUUGACCGUAAUGUUAUUUUUCUCCAAGAAAAUCCGGAUCAUCGCUCAGGCUCAGACUUUUUUAACUCGCUGUUGUGGCCUCAUUUUUCGAAGUACAGACAUGAAAAAGACAUCAUUGUGUUCAUGAAGGGCGGAGGAUUCGUACGAUGUUCUUAUUUUCAUUCUGUGACUUAAGGAAAUCACGCUAUGUGAAGAAGUUUAGAGCCUCUAAAUCCUCUGCAGUUCAGCUGCUUCUCAUUCAAACAGUAGGUCAGUGAUUUGCCUUUGAUCUCACAGCUGUUUAGGAUGCAGUCAUUAACGAGAGACACACACACACACACACACAUUCUUGUACUUGUUGCUUUAUGAGGUCUACCUUGCAGUUCAGCUGCUUGUACACACAGUUAAUAUGUGUCUGCUUCGCCACCUAUCUCCACCCACAAACUUUGAGCUACAGAAACCAUUCUGGGCUUCUAAAAUUCAGCUCAUUGAAGAUAUUAUGGGGUGUUUUGAGGAUUGUGAUAAUAAAUUGUGUUAAUGUGUUUAGCAGAGUCUUGUGUUCUCACAAGCUCCUUUUCAGGAAUAUAUACAAAGGAUGAGCGUCAGGGCCUACUUGGAGUCCUGUUUCCUUAGCUUCAAGCCUUCUUUCUCCUGCUAUAGUUAUGCAUCCAAGGUCCCCAUGGCAACCAAUUUGUGCACCUGGAGACACACAGCUGACUGGAAAGCUGCUUCUAGUGGCCAUAUGAGACACAUGAAGCCAGGCUCAGCACACAUAGCACUGGGGAUGACACUUAAAACCCUUUACUAGAGCGCUUGAAAAAACUUCAGCCCCUAUCUCCUCACAUGACCUUUGACCUACAGAAACCAUUCAGGGCUUUAAAAUUUGAGCUCAUUGAGGACAUUAUGGGGUGUAUUUAGGAUUUAUAUACAUUUAGAUUUUUCACAUUUUAAAGUCACUCAGUGAUGAUUUAUCAUUUAUUUUUUCAAACUAAUUGAAACUCAUUCAAACUGAUUCAAACCUUUGUAAUACUUAAAAACUUUCUGAUUCUUGAGGAUUUUUAAUUAUUUCAAUUUUCCCUGUUUGAAAUAAGUUUUAAUAUUUAUGCAUUACUCCAUCCUUCAAACAAAAUCCUACCUCAAGUACGACAACUACCGCUAAUGUCAAUUAAACUAGUACUAUCCCCUCUACUUCAACUGCUAUUGCUCCUAUUUCUACUUUCUCUACUGCUGCUAUUGCUACUAUUUCUACUUUGUCUACUACUUUAACUUAUACUUCUUUUAUCCUCAAUCUACUUCUACUGCUGACAUGACUACUAGUAUCACGACUUGACCUCUUAUCAUACUACUUCUAGUACUACAACUGAAACUUAUGCCACUUCUCACCUUCCUGCCUUUUAAGGCAGUUUCCUUCUUCAUUCAAACUUUGUGCAAUUUUAGACAUUUUUCUAGCCUCUUUCAGCAUGAAUAAAAUUUCCUUUUAUAGAGCAUAUUCAUACUAUUUGUCCCUCAACCAAUUAAACAGUUAUCCAACUCAUAUUUCUUUUUCAUUCCUUCAACAGCUUUAACAUUUAUACCUUUCUCCAUGUUUUACUAGCAGUUUAGCAUUGCUUUUUCAGCUUUCAGCACUCAGCAUUUCCACGCAUUUUCUGCAAGGAAAUGCAAUUUUUCUAGUUAAGUGGAAAUGCUGAUUAAGCAUUUCCACUUAUUGUUAUUCUCCUAUUUCUUUAUUAUUAUUAUUAUUAUUAUUAUUAUUCUUCCGUACCUUUUUUGCAACUUUUCAACUCCUUCAUACUUUGUCCGAUUUCAACCGUUCAACUUUUAAACUAUUCCUCUCCUUCAGGAAUAGUGCGGAUGUAUUUUUCACUUUUCAACCCCUUAUACUUUUUGAUAUUUUUGACUUUUUGUGCAAAAAAUUUUCCCAUUGAAAUGAAUGGGGAAAUCUUCAAAUUCUGCCUUUUACUCCUCCACCUUCUCAGCCUUAUAACUUCAGCAUACUUUCACCUAGAGACCUCAUUUUUGCUUCAAAAUGUUCACAAUCUUCUCCUCCAAAUAUGCUGUAUUGACUUUUUUGUGCUAUCUCCUACAGUUUUUCCACAAUUUAGCUUUAUGCAACUUGUGGUUUUCAGCAAAUUUCAAGCUUUAUAAUGGGUGUGUAUUGGAGAGUUUAGAGUGAUGAUGUCAUCAGCUAGAGUGCAGACCUCGUCUCUGAUCGACAGAACCUCGCUCGAAUAUAUCGCUCCCACGCCCACAAAUCUCACUCCACUGACACAAAUAAUACAUCAAAAUGGAGGUAUAUGUGUCCUGCUUCUCACAAAAGAGGUUUCAAAUCAUUAAAUCGUACCCCUUGGGCAGGAGGUGACCAACUGUCCAAAAAAGGCGGAAAUCUCUCCCAUUGACUGUAAUGUUAUUUUUCUCCAAGAAAAUCCGGAUCAUCGCUCAAGCUCAGACUUUUUUAACUCGCUGUUGUGGCCUCAUUUUUCGAAGUACAGACAUGAAAAACACAUCAUUGUGUUCAUGAAGGACGGAGGAUUCGUACGAUGUUCUUAUUUUCAUUCUGGGACUUAAGGAAAUCACGCUAUGUGAAGAAGUUCACAGGCUGAAAUUCACUGCAGUUCAGCACCUCUCAGUCAAACAGUAGGUCAGUGAUUUGCCCUUGAUCUCACAGCUGUUUAGGAUUCAGUCAUUAACGAGACACACACACACACACAUUCUUGUACUUGUUGCUUUUUGAGGUCCACCUUGCAGUUCAGCUGCUUGUACACACAGUUAAUAUGUGUCUGCUUCACCACCUAUCUCCACCCACAAACUUUGAGCUACAGAAACCAUUCUGGGCUUGAAAAAUUCAGCUCAUUGAAGAUAUUAUGGGGUGUUUUGAGGAUUGUGAUAAUAAAUUGUAUUAAUGUGUUCAGCAAAAUCUUGUGUUCUCACAAGCUCCUUAUGAAUAUAUACAGAGGGUGAGCGUCAGGGCCUACUUGGAGUCCUGUUUCCUUAGCUUCAAGCCUUCUUUCUCCUGCUAUAGUUAUGCAUCCAAGGUCCCCAUGGCAACCAAUUUGUGCACCUGGAGACACACAGCUGACUGGAAAGCUGCUUCUAGUGGCCAUAUGAGACACAUGAAGCCAGGCUCAGUACACAUAGCAAUUGGGAUGACACUUAAAACCCUUUCCUAGAGCGUUGGAAAAAACUUCAGCCCCUAUCUCCUCACAUGACCUUUGACCUACAGAAACCAUUCAGGGCUUUGAAAUUUAAGCUCAUUGAGGACAUUAUUGGGUGUAUUUAGGAUUGUUAUUCAUUUAAAUUUUUCACAUUUUAAAAGUCAGUCAGUGAUGAUUUAUCAUUUAAUUUUUCAAACUAAUUUAAACUCAUUCAAACUGAUUCAAACCUUUCUAAUACUUCAAAACUUUCUGAUACUUGAGGACUUUUGAUAAUUUAAAAUUUCCCUGUUUUAAAUUAGUUUUAAUAUUUAUGCAUUACUCCAUCAUUCAAACAAAAUCCUACCUCAAGUACGACAACUACUGCUAAUGUCAAUUAAACUAGAACUUUCCCCUCUACUUCAACUGCUAUUGCUCCUAUUUCUACUUUCUUUACUACUUUGAAUUAUACUUCUUUUAUUCUCAAUCUACUUCUACUGCUGACAUGACUACUAGUAUCACGACUUGACUUCUUAUCAUACUACUUCUAGUACUACAAUUUAAACUUAUGCCACUUCUCACCUUCCUGCCUUUUAAGGCAAUUUCCUUCUUCAUUCAAACUUUGUGCAAUUUGAGACAUUUUUCUAGCCUCUUUCAGCAUGAAUAAAAUUUCCUUUUAUAGAGCAUAUUCAUACUAUUUGUCCUUCAACCAAUUAAUCAAUUAUCCAACUUAUAUUUCUGUUCACCCCUUCAACAGCUUUAACAUUUAUACCUUUCUCCAUGUUUUAUUAGCAGUUUAGCAUUGCUUUGUUAGCUUUCAGCACUCAGCAUUUCCACGCAUUUUCUGCAAGGAAAUGCAAUUUUUCUAGUUAUUAUUAUUAUUCUUCCGUACCUUUUUUGCAACUUUUCAACUCCUCCAUACUUUGUCCGAUUUCAACCGUUCAACUUUUAAACUAUUCCUCUCCUUCAGGAAUAGUGCGGAUGUAUUUUUCACUUUUCAACCCCUUAUACUUUUUGAUAUUUUUGACUUUUUGUGCAAAAAAUUUUCCCAUUGAAAUGAAUGGGGAAAUCUUCAAAUUCUGCCUUUUACUCCUCCACCUUCUCAGCCUUAUAACUUCAGCAUACUUUCACCUAGAGACCUCAUUUUUGCUUCAAAAUGUUCACAAUCUUCUCCUCCAAAUAUGCUGUAGUGACUUUUUUGUGCUAUCUCCUACAGUUUUUCCACAAUUUAGCUUUAUGCAACUUGUGGUUUUCAGCAAAUUUCAAGCUUUAUAAUGGGUGUGUAUUGGAGAGUUUAGAGUGAUGAUGUCAUCAGCUAGAGUGCAGACCUCGUCUCUGAUCGACAGAACCUCGCUCGAAUAUAUCGCUCCCACGCCCACAAAUCUCACUCCACUGACACAAAUAAUACAUCAAAAUGGAGGUAUAUGUGUCCUGCUUCUCACAAAAGAGGUUUCAAAUCAUUAAAUCGUACCCCUUGGGCAGGAGGUGACCAACUGUCCAAAAAAAGGCGGAAAUCUCUCCCAUUGACUGUAAUGUUAUUUUUCUCCAAGAAAAUCCGGAUCAUCGCUCAAGCUCAGACUUUUUUAACUCGCUGUUGUGGCCUCAUUUUUCGAAGUACAGACAUGAAAAACACAUCAUUGUGUUCAUGAAGGACGGAGGAUUCGUACGAUGUUCUUAUUUUCAUUCUGGGACUUAAGGAAAUCACGCUAUGUGAAGAAGUUCACAGGCUGAAAUUCACUGCAGUUCAGCACCUCUCAGUCAAACAGUAGGUCAGUGAUUUGCCUUUGAUCUCACAGCUGUUUAGGAUGCAGUCAUUAACGAGACACACACACACACACGCACACACAUUCUUGUACUUGUUGCUUUUUGAGGUCCACCUUGCAGUUCAGCUGCUUGUACACACAGUUAAUAUGUGUCUGCUUCACCACCUAUCUCCACCCACAAACUUUGAGCUACAGAAACCAUUCUGGGCUUGAAAAAUUCAGCUCAUUGAAGAUAUUAUGGGGUGUUUUGAGGAUUGUGAUAAUAAAUUGUAUUAAUGUGUUCAGCAAAAUCUUGUGUUCUCACAAGCUCCUUAUGAAUAUAUACAGAGGGUGAGCGUCAGGGCCUACUUGGAGUCCUGUUUCCUUAGCUUCAAGCCUUCUUUCUCCUGCUAUAGUUAUGCAUCCAAGGUCCCCAUGGCAACCAAUUUGUGCACCUGGAGACACACAGCUGACUGGAAAGCUGCUUCUAGUGGCCAUAUGAGACACAUGAAGCCAGGCUCAGUACACAUAGCAAUUGGGAUGACACUUAAAACCCUUUCCUAGAGCGUUGGAAAAAACUUCAGCCCCUAUCUCCUCACAUGACCUUUGACCUACAGAAACCAUUCAGGGCUUUGAAAUUUAAGCUCAUUGAGGACAUUAUUGGGUGUAUUUAGGAUUGUUAUUCAUUUAAAUUUUUCACAUUUUAAAAGUCAGUCAGUGAUGAUUUAUCAUUUAAUUUUUCAAACUAAUUUAAACUCAUUCAAACUGAUUCAAACCUUUCUAAUACUUCAAAACUUUCUGAUACUUGAGGACUUUUGAUAAUUUAAAAUUUCCCUGUUUUAAAUUAGUUUUAAUAUUUAUGCAUUACUCCAUCAUUCAAACAAAAUCCUACCUCAAGUACGACAACUACUGCUAAUGUCAAUUAAACUAGAACUUUCCCCUCUACUUCAACUGCUAUUGCUCCUAUUUCUACUUUCUUUACUACUUUGAAUUAUACUUCUUUUAUUCUCAAUCUACUUCUACUGCUGACAUGACUACUAGUAUCACGACUUGACUUCUUAUCAUACUACUUCUAGUACUACAAUUUAAAAAAUCCGGAUCAUCGCUCAAGCUCAGACUUUUUUAACUCGCUGUUGUGGCCUCAUUUUUCGAAGUACAGACAUGAAAAACACAUCAUUGUGUUCAUGAAGGACGGAGGAUUCGUACGAUGUUCUUAUUUUCAUUCUGGGACUUAAGGAAAUCACGCUAUGUGAAGAAGUUCACAGGCUGAAAUUCACUGCAGUUCAGCACCUCUCAGUCAAACAGUAGGUCAGUGAUUUGCCUUUGAUCUCACAGCUGUUUAGGAUGCAGUCAUUAACGAGACACACACACACACACACACACACACAUUCUUGUACUUGUUGCUUUGUGAGGUCUACCUUGCAGUUCAGCUGCUUGUACACACAGUUAAUAUGUGUCUGCUUCGCCACCUAUCUCCACCCACAAACUUUGAGCCACAGAAACCAUUCUGGGCUUCAAAAAUUCAGCUCAUUCAAGAUAUUAUGGGGUGUUUUGAAGAUUGUGAUAAUAAAUUGUAUUAAUGUGUUCAGCAGAGUCUUGUGUUCUCACAAGCUCCUUAUGAAUAUAUACAGAGGAUGAGCGUCAGGGCCUACUUGGAGUCCUGUUUCCUUAGCUUUAAGCCUUCUUUCUCCUGCUAUAGUUAUGCAUCCAAGGUCCCCAUGGCAACCAACUUGUGCACCUGGAGACACACAGCUGACUGGAAAGCUGCUUCUAAUGGCCAUAUGAGACACAUGAAGCCAGGCUCAGUACACAUAGCACUGGGGAUGACACUUAAAACCCUUUCCUAGAGCGCUUGAAAAAACUUCAGCCCCUAUCUCCCACAUGACCAUUCAGGGCUUUAAAAUUUAAGCUCAUUGAGGACAUUAUGGGGUGUAUUUAGGAUUUAUAUUCAUUUAAAUUUUUCACAUUUUAAAGUCACUCAGUGAUGAUUUAUCAUUUAUUUUUUCAAACUAAUUGAAACUCAUUCAAACUGAUUCAAACCUUUCUAAUACUUCAAAACUUUCUGAUUCUUGAGGAUUUUUAAUUAUUUAAAUUUUCCCUGUUUGAAAUAAGUUUUAAUAUUUAUGCAUUACUCCAUCCUUCAAACAAAAUCCUACCUCAAGUACGACAACUACCGCUAAUGUCAAUUAAACUAGUACUAUCCCCUCUACUUCAACUGCUAUUGCUCCUAUUUCUACUUUCUCUACUAUUGUGACUUAUACUUCUUUUAUUCUCAAACUACUUCUACUGCUGACAUGACUACUAGUAUCACGACUUGACCUCCUAUACUACUUCUAGUACUACAACUUAAACUUAUGCCACUUUUCAACUUCCUGCCUUUUAAGGCAGUUUCCUUCUUCAUUCAAACUUUGUGCAAUUGUCGACAUUUUUCUAGCCUCUUUCAGCAUGAAUAAAAUUUCCUUUUAUAGAGCAUAUUCAUACUAUUUGUCCUUCAACCAAUUUAACAGUUAUCCAACUUAUAUUUCUUUCUCACUCCUUCAACAGCUUUAACAUUUAUACCUUUCUCCAUGUUUUAUUAGCAGUUUAGCAUUGCUUUGUUAGCUUUCAGCACUCAGCAUUUCCACGCAUUUUCUGCAAGGAAAUGCAAUUUUUCUAGUUUUGUUUUGUAAUUUUUGUAGAUAACCAGACGAACAUCGCUUAAAAAGCAAUUUCUUUUAAAAUUGAUUGAUAAGUAAAACGAAAAAUAUCUAAAUUUUCUUUCUUUUUUUUUGACUCUUUUUUUUUUUUGACUCUUUUUUUUUUUUUGUGCUAGCCCCUCCCCACCUCUUGCCUGUAGCUUCAACCGGCCUUAACCCUUUCCGGAAAUAAAUACCGCCCUCUGGCUGUCGCCCAAAUUUUUUCAUAGCCUAUAUAUUUGUUUGUUUGUUUGUUUGUUUGUUUUUAUUUCAGUAUGUUCAAUUGCUGUUUAUUAUUUAUCUCCAUAUUUUUUUCCUUUUUCCUUUUCCUUUAAACCCUCUAAGCAAAGGAGUUUUGACCCUAGACUGUAUUGAACCCCUAAUCUCAAUCAGCAAUAAUAUACCCCCAAAAUGGUCUCAAGCAUUUAGAAAGUAAACAAUUUACUAAAUAAUAUGAAUUUUAGCAGUGGUAAUAGUUUGCACUUUCAAAAUGUUUUUAAACUUCCCACUCCAUUUUUGAAUUAUAUAUUUUUAAAAGUUUUUCUACUUGAAGUUCUUGACUAAAACUUGAGGGAACCCACCAAAGAAAAUAACAAUAAAGAGCACCACACCUACAUUAAACAAACUUACAAGAUAGCUCAGUGUUUUCAAGAGAGAUUUGUAAAAUCUCAGAUUAGUCAAUCGGAGAUCAGCAUUAAAAGUAAACAAUGUCAAUGUCUGACUUUUGAUUGGUUAUGUAAGCCUCUGACUGAAUGAAGGUAGUUAAUGAGUGAUGCAUACUAAAAGGUACAUGUCACCUUUGACUGACAUAACACUGCACCUCUUAGCAGGCAUUACUAAUCAACUACAGCUUACUGUAUUAUUACAGGUUUAAUAGAGAAAUGGAAAAUAAAGCAGAUUACACUACUGCACGUUUUGCACCAAUAAUACCAUACACAGCAGUAUAUGGUGGCAUUACACAAAGUGGACUGGCACGUGCUGCCAUCUUGCUGGUUUCAUACUGUUGGUCACAUUAAAUCACUGACCUUCUUGCAUAUGCUGCCGAUCCACUGGCUUAUGUCAUGACAUGCUGCCGCUUCUCUGUCUCACUGUUGCAAUAUUUUGCUUGCCCACGACCACAACUUAUCUUUUCAGAUUGAAAUUUGUAUUUGAGGUCUGACAAAGUCACAUUUUUAAAGGUGACUGGAUCAAUGGAGAACAUCAGACGCAACAGCAGUGUGAAAAUACUGAAAAAACGUUUAGUACCUUUCCCUUGCGUCACAUGAUGGAAAUGCAGCGUCCUGUCAUUACAGCAGCUCUUUGUGAGCAAAUCAUUUCACAUGCAAAUGUUUCCCUCUGAUUCUUUUUGAUUCAGCUCUCCACAGUAGCUGCGGGUCAGUCUGCACAUAACAUAAGGGCUGUUCAGGUCUAAUAGCCUUUCAGGCUUAAUUGUCCCGGGUCUUCUCUUGCUUUUAGAAGCACCUGUGCGUGGAUCAAAGCACCACAUGUGUGUCAGCUUUGUUUCAAGUGGGUGUCCUUACAGCGCACAGAUUGUCAAGUAAUUGCCUCUCUAGAAAUUUCUAUAGCUGCAGUGUUGAAAUAGGAGCUCAGUGUUUACGGAAACAGAGCAAAGUAAGUAAAGAUCAUGAAAGGGUUUAAUAGCAGGGAAAUUAUCCUAGAAGAUGAAAAAGAGAUCUGACUGAUUCUUGUCAAAAUGAAUUUACCCUCUGACUUUUUGAACAUGUCUGUAUAUUUUGAUGUUUGGUAUAUUUCAUUCAUAUUUCUACAAAAUCCAAUUUUUUUUAAGGUGCUUUAGAAAAAUGGCCGUUUGACUUCUGACCAGUGUUUGACAAGAUUGGUCAAACCAAGGAAUUAGGUGUGGUAAACAUGAGGGACACAUCUCAAAACUCAGAGGUUAUCUCUGCUAAACAGGUCUACAAUAUUUGUUUACUAAAUCCAGAAAAGUUUUACACUGUACAUUUUUGGACAAUUUUUUAAAUAACUUAAGCAGGUAGCUAAACAGAGAGACAGUAUUCAAAUCUGCUGAAUUCAAUCUUUUUCAUGCCAUAUUCAGAUAUAGUUCAGGAUUUUAGGGUGGCCAUGGCAACCCCUUGGCCACAUUCUAGUUGCCCAAUUUCUCCCGGCCACAAUCUUUUGUGACUCAUUUGACUUUUGACCCCUGAAGUGUCCUGUUUAAUAAAUCCAGUGCGUCAGUAAUCCACAGAGUCAAUUGGCUGGCUGUUAAAGCUCUUCCUUCAAAGCAGACAGUCAUAUUUACAAAGCAUUGUUCAAAGACUCCUGCCCGGGCCCCAGCUUAUAUCAAAGAACGUCACAAGGUCACAAACAAGUACCAGGGGGAUAUUUUUAGGCCGAUACCAGUUCAGAUGUCCAAUAAAAAUGUAGAUGAAAGCUGACUAUCUGGCUUUUCUUACAGUUCAACCUGGUAGCCUGAGUAAAUCCUAGAGUGUGUUCAUGUUUAUGAUUACACAAAUGGUUUAAUACAAGUCCGUUUAUACCAAUCUAAAAUUUGACUUAUUUAUACUGAAUCUGAAUACCACAUAUUUCUAAAUUAGCAUUUAAAGAAGAUUUCUAAUGUAAAAAAGACAAGUGCUUCAUUAUGUAGAAAGGGGAGGGGUCUAUCAGCACAGGGUGUAGACGUAUAAAUGCAGCCAUAGAGCCGUCAGAGUGGACAGAAGACUCUAAAACCUGCUGGUGUGCAUUUGUAUUUUGUGUUUCUAGCUUUAUCAGACCCUUUUCUAGAGGGAAAAAUAAUCAGCGUGUUUUUCUUAAGUCAAGAGAUGGAUAACUGGAAGCUCCAGCUUGCUGUUGUGGCUUUUUCUGCUUUGAUACAAACUCACAUGGCUUUGCCUGUGGAGGAGGAGGGAGGGUUAGCUGAGCACUGGCAGGUGAGCACACAAAAUGUUCUCAAUUGCAAUGUGAGAGGAUGAAUAAUUGUAGGUUUUUACAGAAAAUUAAAUAUGAAGGUGUUACAGGAAAUCUAGGAAAUAUGUUCAAACCCGAAAAUAGAUGAACUCCUGGUUUCAUAACCUAAGUGCAAUAAAAUAAUAUAAAAUAAUAAAAAUAUAUUUUUUUUAAAACAGUUUUAUUUUUUUGUUUUCGUCAGGAUGAGUCAAUGGAUUCGGGGUUGUCCCACCCAAUGGCCAGUCUGAUGAAAAGAGCGAAAGCUCUCCGCUUCUAUGGACUCAUGGGGAAACGCUCCGAAGGUCUCUGAAUUAAUUUUACUUUUUUCUCUUUUUAAGAGAUUUUUAAAUGCUUAUGUCAGGGUUAUUGUUCAAUACUUGCACGUUACUGGUAUAGAUAACAGUUUGCCUGUUACUGCUUAAUUUUUGUCUUUUUUUCUCACAGGUGUAAAGAAACCUUUCAAAGUUGACAGACGUGAGUGGCUUGAUGCUGCUGUGUACUUGUUUAAAAUGAUGCUGCUUAAAAACACUUAACUUAUGUUAUUUUUAUGGCAGCAUCAUUAUUAUCAACCAUAAAGCUGCUUCUUUACAUUUGUAGGGAAUAAAGGAGAGAUGUUUGUGGGUCUGAUGGGGAGAAGCAUUUCCAGUGACAGUAAGCAGAAAAUCAACUCAUUUCAAAAUAUCAAAGCAGCUUUAUUGAUAUUAAAAUAUCAAAUUGCUAAUACACAUUAAAACAUCUAUGAUUAAAGAGUAAAAUGUAAAUACAGUCAAAUGUGAUGUUCAGAUUUUCUGGUUUUCACAGAACUUUUAACCCGAGUGUUUGCAUCUGCAACAACCACUGCGCCUGAUGUUUUGGAGGAACCACACGAGCAAGGUAAGAUUGUAUCAGUACAAAGACCUGAGGUUGUUUUAUUUCUAUGUGCAUUCUUACAGUGGUACCUUGUCAUUUAUCCUCAUUUAUUCUCAGAAAAGUAAAACAAUCUGAAUAAUGCACUGUUGUUUGGCAGGUUUGUCAGAGGAAUGGGUCCAAAUCCUGUAUUGAUGGAGCUGGAGAAAAAAAAAUACAUUAUUGUUUCAUCUAUACAAUUAAACACCAACCAAAGACGUCACCAUACAUCAUUUCUCAGAUUACACUCAGCUUACAGAUUCAUUUCAUGCUAACAGUUACUGUUGUAAUGGAAAGAAAAAAAACAGCCUGUAAAUGCUGCCAAGUGCAGAUAUGUGGGUUUUUGUUUUCUUUUUUUUUUUGCAUGAGAAAAGCAAAACAUUCAUGUUUAUCCAACACACUGGACUGUUUCACAUUCAAAGCUUAGUAGAAGCUGUUUUAAAAACAAAUAUGAAAAAAAGUCUCUCUGGUGGAGAUGAUGUUUCAGCGCAAAAUCAUCAGACUGGAAACAUAUGGAGUCUAAAAUACAAAGUAAAAUAUAAAAGUAAAAAAAAGUUCUGAGACAAAAGCAAAGGAGGAGAAAAAAAAAAAAGAAAGAAAGAGCACUGGUCUUCAUUGACAGUUUUAUGGAUCGAGGCUACUUGUGGCUGGUGAGGCUGGAGGUGAAUUAGUUCAGUAGCCUGAGGUUCUUAGUGCUCAUGUCCCUUUGGGAGGGGUCCAUUUCAGUGAGCUUGGGUCAAUGGUUUUAUUGCUAUUGCCUCUCUUGAUCUCCUUUGCUUUCCACUCAUCAAUCAGGUCCUAGAGGGAGGAAAUUACAGUCAGUUUUGGAAUAGGAAAAUUGCAUUGGGAUAAGGUUCAAUGAGCAAACAUUGCUCAUACAGUGGACACUAGGAAGCUCCAACAAUUACAUGUGUUUGACCUGUUAAAACAUAUUCAUCAUAUAUUUAAUCAUUUAUACUCAUGAAGGUGUGAAUAUUCUGAAAAGUUAUUUAAAUCAUAAACACUGGCUACACUAAAACUGCUCAAAGAGUCAAUAGUAACAUAUCAGGUGAAAUCUGACCUGUCGCUUUAACACCAGGUGCUUUCCCUUCCAAUACUUCAGCAUCUGAAGAGACUGCAGGGUGCUCACGAUGUCCACCGGAUUGACAGCAGUCUCCUGACUGAUCUCUGUGCAUCACAUAUUACAACAGUUAUAUGUUUUGUUUCUGCAUGUGUGUUAGUACAUCUUUGUGUUAAUAAAAUUUUCUCAUGAGCAAA